AUGGCUAACCAGGAAUUAUACCUCCUUAACAACAGGGAUCAUACAGAGUCCCAGCGGCUAGACAUGCAGCAUGGGACUUUAGCCAACUUCAUGGGGUAUGAGCUAUUGCACCCCUCGAUGAGCAUUGACAUGAAGAAUGGCGUGAAUGUUGCUGAUGUGGGCACGGGCACAGGGAUAUGGUUGAGACGUCUGUCGAAGUGGAUCAACUCUGUUCCCGAGGCACCACCCUGCCACCUACAUGGAUUUGAUAUCUCCAGUGAUCAGUUUCCUGCUGAACAGGGAACCAUCGAUUUCACAAUCCAUGAUGUCACCCAGCCUUUCCCAAACGAACACUUGGGCCGCUAUGAUAUCGUUCACAUUCGCUUGUUUGUUUUGGCUCUUCGUGAACCUGAUCUGCUUAAGGCUUUAGAAAAUAUGAUCGGUCUACUGCGCCCGAACGGAUACCUCCAAUGGGAAGAUGCCGACUUUUGCUAUACGGCACCUAAUCGACCGUCUGUGGAGAUAACAAGAGCCAUAAAUCUAGUCUCUGAGUAUAUGGCAGAUGCUGGUUUGUCCCUGCGGAUGUCGAACCUUCUUAUGCGGGAAGGUUGGAACCUUGGGUUGCAAGGUCUUCGCAAGUACGAAUACAGCACACUUGCAACCCCCGAGCACUAUGCAGAUAUACAGCUAUGGUGUAGCCAGUUACUUCAAGCCAUACUACCAGUCACAAUCCUACGGAGCGGACAGACUGGAGAUCAGACUGAGGCCAAUGCAAUAGCCUCUCGCAUGCUGCGGGAGAUGGAAGCGGCUUACUCUGAUGGGAUUGUCCCCGAGCUGAAGAUGUUCACAGUGAUUGGAAGAAAGUGGCGUGGGUCCAAUAUUUAG